CAGGCUCGCUGAACCGAUAGGGUUUACCCGGCUCUCGAUUCCCGCCCGAUGCCAAGAGUGCCAAAGCGACGCGAAGAGGGGGACCGUGAGGCUCAAAUUGGAAAGAGGCACCGUGUAUGAGCGAGACUGAUGGAGAGAAUUGGGAGGGAUGGGGACGACAAGCUCAGCAAUCAUUCCUCUUCGCGCCAGGUAGCUCCCAGGGCGAAGGAAGAGGAAGGGGGGGAUCCAUCCUUGCCGGAGCAUGUGCACGGCAUGCGAAGCAAAGGGGGGUGACCCUGGCGAGCACGGCCAGUCUUUUUCGUGAUUCGGGCUUUUCCCCCAUCUCCUCGCUCGCCAGCCCAUGGGAUUUCGUGACCCGCCGCCGCCCGGUGUUCCAUCGUGCCCAUGUGCUCCCCCCUCCCCUUACCCGCGACCUAGACCAGACUAGACCUGUCCCGGGGAGAAGGCCUACUAGCCCAGGAGACGAGAUUCGAUGGAGAGCAAGAGACAGGUGAUUGGAAUGUCGCAAAGCAACCGACCGGCCUCCCCUGUGAAUGCGACGGCGCCAGCGCGACCCCCAAAAGCAACCUGCACGUUUGACCGACUUUGAUGACAAGAAGCUUGCCUGUCCUUCUGACGGGCAGUUCCAACCGCGCGUCCUGACACACACCUCUUCUUCUUUUUUGUCCCGACGCACGGGGCGCCGUUGCACUUGCAAGCAGAGAGAGGGGGGAUGGGGGGGGCGUGUCGGUAUUGAGUGCACAGUGCAAGACACUAGACGCGAGGGAUUUUGAGCCGAUGAACAAACUCGAUGCCUGGGCUGAAGACGGCGAGGGUGAGGGUGGGAAAGAAUUGGCGCAUCCCGACAGGACAGGCCAAAAGCCCCUCUGCAUGCCCGGGCUUCCCCCCUUUGCGUUGUGUCGCCCUCAUCCAUGUUUGGGCGCGGGGGAGGAGAGAGAGAGGGAGAGAGAAAGAGAGAGAAAAGGGAAGCGGCCGAUGAAAAGGCAAAGACGGGUGACACCUCAGCACAACGCCCUCCGUCUCUCAAGCACGCGAUCACGAGGCGGCUGGCCGCUGUGUGCGACGACGGGUACCUGGCGAGAUGCCAAGAGGCUACCUUUUUAGCCAUCCCGCAGUGCUGGGAAAACAGCUCCCAGGGAACCCCCCCGCAGCGGGAAGGGCACAGGCCAGAGAAGCACAGGCCAAACAAAACACAGGCAAGGGCACUAAACCUGAGGCUGGCAACGGCUAGCUCACCGCCUUUCUCCCGCCUGCCGACCCGUGUUGUAUCCGUGCCGGGCCCUUGCCAGCUGUUCGGCGGGCUUUUUCUUUCCCUGUCGCCGCCCGGACAUGUGUUUUUCCCACUUGGGGCAAAGGGGGGUGGUGGUGGUGGUGGUGGUGGUGCAACGCCGAGCAGACGAAACAACAGCAUCGCAUUGGCCAGCUGCGCUGUCAUUGAGGGCUCUCCACUCACACGUUCUGACAAGAGGGCAACCCAACCCCCAGCCAGCCAGCCAGCUAGCCAGCCAGCCAACCCCGUCACAAGGCGCGGGAGGGAAACCCCAAGACAGGGCGGUCAGCUCUUGACGCCUGCUCUUUUGGCCAAGAACACCAAGCCAGUCCGUCCCCGGCACUUGUUCAUCCUUGUUGAUGUGUAG